GCUCAAUAUCUGUUUACCGGUCACCAUAGCAACCCAGUCGUAAUUCGCGUGCCGUUUCACAAAAUUACACUAAAUAUUAUUUUCAAUGUUAAGCUUACCAAAUCAAUAAAGAGAUAAUUCGGCUAGAUCACGCGAUGGAGAGUAAGAAAAAGAAUACCGAGUCAAAGAAGUCAACCACGGAAGAAAGUUCGAGUGGAUCCAACAGCGUAAACGAAGAUGCCGAUGAUGAUGAUAUGCAGAUCGGGAAGGGAGUGGGCAAGGCAGCCAUUGCCGUAAACCGCGAAGAGUAUAUGCUGGCCCACAGGGACCUCUCAAACGAAUACAUGCAAGUUCAACUGAGGAACAGCUUAUUGCAUCGUCGGUUGGGGGAGUAUUACAAAAAAAGAAAACAAGGCCAGAUUCUGAAACAACCUCUGGAGGGGGCGGCCGACCUCGAGGAGAAGUACCAACAAAAACUACUUGUGUACGAACAGGUCAAGAAUGAAGACGAAAGAGAAAUAGCUGAUAUCAAAACCAAAGUGAACUUGGUGGAAAAGCAAUAUGAAGAGAAACUUGACUACGCAGAGAGCAAGUUCAACGAACUGCAAGCCCUAGAGAAAAGUACAGGCACUGGCCUCAUAUACUCUAAGAAGGGGAAACCAAUUGCCGAUAAGACAUUGAUGCGAUUCUUGACCCUGCAACGUCGGAAAGCGGAGCAGACGGCUGCGCUCCGUCUCCGCUACAUCAGAGUGAGGAACGCGGUAGCGGAGCUGGACGGCAUCAUCAGGAAGCUGGAAACGCUGGGGCCCGGGCUCUACGUGGCCCAGUACGAGCAGCUGCAUUGCGACCACGAGAACUUCAUGGGCAAAAUAGAAGAACGGGAAGAUGAGCUCAUCAAAAACCGCGCUAACUGCACGGAGUAUAACCAGAUCUUGGCACACAUUAGAGAGAAGAUGCACCACACUGAUAAAGUGAUCGAUAUUACGGAGUGCGAUCUCGGGGAUGCGGAGAUGGAGUAUUUUAGAGCUCGAGAGGAUAUGAGUGUUGUCAAAAACCGGCGUGAUAAACUUCGCUGGUGCUUGGAGGCCGAGCGACUGAAGGCGGGGCUCCUUACCAGGAAAGACUUGUUGCGUGACUACCAAAACGCUAUUGAUGAGGUCGAAACAAUGAGGGAAAAGAAAAAACGCCUAGAAGAAUUAAUUCGCAAAACCAGUGAAGAGGUACGAUUAGCGCGCAAACUAAUGCAGGCAGAUGGCGAUAUCAACAAUUCAUCUGGGCCAUACUUACCUAUCUAA